AUGUUGGAAUGUACUGAAGAUUGUUAUGAAUCUGUUAUUAAGACUCGUUAUUGUAGAAAUUCUCCAUUAAUGAAAAUUUUUUCUGAACGUAACAGAACUGAAGGUUGGCGUAAACUAUGGAUUAUACUUGCUGAAGCUGAAAAAGAGUUGGGUCUUAAACAGGUUACAAGUAAGGCAAUUGAAGAAAUGAAACAAAAUGUUUCUAAUAUUGAUUGGGAUUUAAUAAGAUCAGAGGAACGCCGUCUCAAACACGAUGUUAUGGCUCAUAAUCAUUGCUUUGGAAAAAUUUGUCCAACAGCUGCCGGAAUUAUUCACCUUGGAGCGACAUCAUGUUAUGUUCAAGAUAAUGGAGAUUUGAUAAAUCAAAGAGAAGCUUUAGAUUAUAUAUUAAAAAGAUUGGCUAUUGUUCUUGAUAGAAUGGCAGUUUUUUGUGAAAGAAAUAAGAGUGUCGUUACUGUUGGAAGAACACAUUAUCAAUCUGCAUCAUUAACAACUGUAGGAAAAAGGGGUGUUAUUUGGGCACAAGAAUUAUUAAUGGCAUUUAUAGAAAUUAAAUCAUUUAGAGAUACUAUGAAAUUUAGAGGAAUAAAAGGAGCAACUGGUACACAAGAUUCUUUCUUAACUUUAUUUGAUGGUGAUGAAGAUAAAGUUGAGAAACUUGAUGAACUUGUAACAAAAAAAGCUGGUUUUGAGGAGAAAUUUUAUAUUUCUGGACAGACAUACUCUCGUCAACAAGAUGUUCGUCUAAUCAAUGCUUUAGCUUUAGCUGGUGCUGCAAUAAAAAAAAUAUGUCUUGAUAUACGUGUCCUUCAGGCUUUUGGUGAACUUUUAGAACCUUUUGAAGAAAAUCAAAUUGGUAGUUCUGCAAUGCCUUACAAAAAAAAUCCAAUGAAGUCGGAACGUUGUUGUUCAAUAGCAAGAUGUCUUAUGCAUGCACCUCAAGAAGCACUUAAUAUAUUUGCUGAUCAAGGAUUAGAAAGAACAUUAGAUGAUUCAGCUAAUCGUCGUAUGCUUAUACCAGAUAGUUUUCUUUUAUUAGAUGCUUGUCUUACAACAUUACAAAAUAUUUUUGAAGGAUUAACUAUUCAAAAAGAAAAUAUUUCAAGAAUUGUAAAUACUGAAUUACCAUUUUUAGCCUUAGAAAAAGCAAUGAUGUGGAUUUGUGAAUUAGGUGGUGAUAGACAGGAGGCACAUCAUAUUAUUAGAAAAGUUGCUCUUGAAGCAAAAGAAAUACAAUCUACAAGAGUUGUAACAAUUGAAGAGAUGUUAAAAGAAUCAUACUUUGAUGGAGUACGUGACCGUGUAAUUGCCAUAGCAUCAAACCCAAUAGAAUUUACUGGAAGAUGUGUAUCACAAGUUGAUAGAUUUUUAGAAAAAGAAUUAUACCCAGUAAUUAAAUCAUAUUUAUCUGGAUUUGAUACUAAUGAAAAAGUUUCACUUGAUGUUUAA